AGAUGGCUAUGUAGUUCACCUCGGUGGGAAUGACAAUUAUGGGAUCAACUGGAACCCUAGUCACAUUUCUUCAAUUACUGGAAAAGCCAUCGUAAAAAUGGAACAUUUCUUUACAGUGUGCAAGAAUUCUAAGGCUACCAUCAACAAUAAAAAAGACAGGAAAUUCAGUCCACGCCAAAUACAAGAAAUAAAAACUGCAGCCUUUAUUAACAUCGGCAAAGAAGGAUACAAUUUGCUUACCCAAAAUUGCGAACAUUUUGCAUCGUAUUGUAGAUACGGUGUGAAUUGUUCUGACCAGGUCAGCAAAUUCCUAUUCAUCACCGGCAUUGUAGUGUUAUUUCUUGUCCUGGGACUAUUCCUCAUCUGGUUUAUUGUUAGAAGAAGAAAGAAGGGACAGAAGAAGACUAAAUAGACAUUGACAUUUGUUUUUCUUUUUAAAGCUUAUUUCAUAAAGGUUUUGUCACUGUAAACCCCUAGCAUAGGCAUCGGUGACAGCAGUGGUUUCCCUAUUAUUUUUUUAAAAUCAGGUUCAUUCUUUAGGACAGACUGACAGAAUGACAGAGAAUUACACAGCAUGACAGACUGACAGAGAAUUACACACUGACUGAUUGACAGAAAAUGACAGAA